AUGUCAAAAGUUUUAAACUCCAUUUCUUUAUUUAGAAGUGAGCCAAAAACUUCUUAUACAAUUUUUAAAUCAAGGUUGGUAGGAACAGAAGUUGAGGUUGAAGAAGACGAAGGAGUUGGAGUAAAACUAACAACUUCCUUUGAAGCUUUUGAAGUGACAUAUAGAAUAAACUUAGAGUCACUGUUUUAUUGUUUCGCAAUGCUUUUACGCGUCAUAACUCUCUCGCAUAAGAUAGAAG